AUGAGAGUCCUCCGGCGGCGCGCUGCCGCCAUGUCACCGAGAGAGAAACAUUUAGCGCUGCUCUCUGUUAUAGGCCUGGUUAGUCUCGCUUUUUAUUAUAUUCCUACGUUUCUCUACGCGACCUUAAUUCUUGCAGUUUGUUGUUUUGCUUGUUACUAUCACAGCGGCGAACCUCUUCCCGCCAGGUUAGGCCCGAAUCCGCGGGGUGGGCUGAGCGUCCUCGGCGUGCUCCGACGCUGGCUGUGGGGUUGGGGGGACACCGGCGUGUCGGUGGGCGCCCGGGGGAGGACGAGGAGCAACAGCAGCACCAGAGCCGAGCUCCGGGAGACGGAGGGACACUUUAGACAAAGCCUCGGGGAAACUGGGAUUUAUCGAAGGGAAGCUUUGGCGAGUGACUCGUUUCUUUUCAGCCCCCGGGAUUUCCUCAUGGGGAGCUACAUCGGGAAGCCCGAAAGCCCAACUGCCGACCCUGGGAGGCCGAGGCUCGGGAGAAACCCCCGAGAGCAGCUACGGGAAAAGCUGUCCAGACCCAACCAUGCUGUCUACACUCCGAACAGGAGGCUUUCCUUUGCUGGGGAGCCACUGGGCGCAGUGGGCAGGUUCACCAUCACCCCACAGCGUCACUACCCCUUGCAGCAGCCGGGCGUCUCAUCAGUAGGAGUCCUGCCUCCUGUCAGAUGGGACGGUUUCAGAAAGAAAAACAUCCUCAGCCCUCGUAAUUCACCGGCUGCCCUCAGCCCUGUCACCGUCAAGAUCGCCAGGCCCGACCACAGCAGCCCCAGUUUGGACCACCUGAGUUGUGCAGGACUCUCCAGGGCCCCUGCAGACCCCUGCUCCAGAGAAAGCGUCCUCAGGGUGUUGAAGGAAAGCCGCAAGAGAGAAGUGGAGGAUGAGGACAGGAGCUUCAUAGCUGAACAGAAAAGCAAAAGAAGGCGUAAUGACAGCGGUGGAAGUGCACACUCUGCAUUUGAGCCUCUGUUGCCCAACGGAACGCCAUCACAGCUGGUUCCUAAACCAGGAAGCCUGAAACGAGGGAUGACUUCGGUAGCGGAGGAGUCCAUCAUGAAGAGAUCUCGCACCUCCUCCAUCAGCUCCGGCAGUGGGGUCCAUGCCCCAAGAGGAACCCCGGGCUCCAGAAGAAACGCUAUUCAAAGCUCCUACAGCUCCACACUCGGCCUCAGCCAGUGGAAGAAACCGUCAGCACCCAGCUCCCCUCUUUCUAGCCCCGGAUCAUCUCGCUCUCAGACUCCAGAGGGAGCCUCCAAAAGAGCCAGAGAGGACGAUGGACAGUCUCCCAGCUCAGCAUCCUCAGUGAGGUCGGAGCAGAUGGCCUCUGACAAACCUCCUGUUACUUCCAAACUGACUCCAGUCCCCAAAGUCCCAGUCCCUACCUCAACAGAUUCUGCUGGUAGUGGUGGGAAGAGGAAACGGAAGAUCCAGCUGGUGUCCAGCCACCGGGAUGAUCAAAUCUCUCUGCCUCCACCUCCCGAGCUGGGCUACACGAUCACUGUGAAAGAUCUGGAUGAAGAGAAGAAGGCUGCCAUCAGUAAGAUCCAGAAGGUCCUGGAGACGCCUGCUUCAGAGCCAGAAAAGUCUGUGUCUCCUCCAGCCACCACUUCCACCCAGCCUGCCUCCUCGACCAGCUCAACCACAACCACCACCCUGAGCAGCCUUCUGGCAGCUCCUCUGCCCACAGCUUCCACCGCUGCCAUCCCAGUCAUCAACCUGGAUCCCAGCCCAGGCAGCAGUGUCAGCACAGCCCCAGCAGCCUCCAACCCACUUCUGGAGGCUCUGAAGAUGAAGACCGUUGCUCCUGCUAGUUCCACACCUGCUGCCAUCACAGCUACAGUGUCUGCAUCAACCACACCUGCACAACCCAGCAGCCUAAACCUGAAGGUAUCGACUACAGCGGAUGUUCCACAGCUCCCUCCUGCCUUCCAGUCUCAGUCCUCCUCUGCUGGUGUGGAGCAGCCGUCUGCUUUUACUCAGGUGCUGGCUCAGGCGUCCAAGGCUUCCAGCAGCACUCCACCUAUAGCAGGAGCAGGCCUGUUUGGGCUGACCAGCCAAAUCAGCACCCCAUCUGCUUCUUCAGCCUCCAAGCUAAUCACUGCUACUGCUGCUCCAGCCAGCAGCUCUGCGUCUCUCAGUACCACCAACCCUCUGCUGACGUCAGGUUUCAAGCCCAUCUUUGCCGUCACCACCACACCCUCAGCUACAACAGCUUCAGAAAGCAAACCUCCUGUACAAAAUUUCAAGCCCAUCUUUGGAGAGGCCACUUCGGCUGCUGGCUUUGCACAGCCUCCAUCCCUCACAACCACCAACCCAGCCUCGACAGUUUCUUCAAGUAGUACAUCCUCAAUAUUUGGGGGAUCAACAAGCAGCACCACAGUCGCUCCUUCUGUUUUUCCUGGCAUGACCAUGACCAACACCCCCACUGGCACAGCGUCCACAGGCUCCAUCGCCACUACACAGCCUGCAGCCCCACCUGCUGUCAAAUCCCUAUUUGGAAACUGGUCCGCACCAUCAACAGCAACAAGCACGAGCUCCACAGCCUCGGUGCAGGUUCCUAAUACAGGGAGCACAUUUCAGUUCGGAGCUGCUGCUACCACCACUACUGCAGCUCCAGCAGCUGCAGCUCCAGCACCAGCAGCUGCCCCCUCUGCUGCCACCACAGCCUCCAGCAAAGGCACCUUCACAUUUGGUGCCACACAGCCGGACCCUCAAGCUGCUGGCCAGACGGUAUUUUCCUUUGGCCAGACAGCACCCAACCAGAACACAACCACUGCUUCAUUUGGAGGCUUUGCCAUGGCUAGCACACCCUCCACCACUGCUGCUGCCACCACCCAAUCCACUUUCGCCUUUGGAAAGUCAGCAUUUGAAACGCCAGCAGCGCCGUCAACCUUCGGUUCGUCAGCUGCGCCACCAAAACCCUUCACCUUUGGAGGCAGUGGAGCAUCGUCUACCCCUGCCACUAACCCCGCCCCAGCCCCGUUCACUUUUGGGGCGACUACUGCCACCACAGCAAGCACCUUCGGGACCCCAGCUAAACCAGCAUUCGGAGCCAGCUCCACUGGUUUUGCUUUCGGUGGCACCACAGCUCCUUCAGCUGCACCGCCAGCUGCACCAAGCUUCGGUGCAGCGACCCAGACUCAGAGCUCCGCCUCAGCCACCUUCGCGUUUGGCAGUGCUGCUCCUCAGCCGGCUCCCUCCGGUCCUGCUCCGCCAGCAACCAGUGGAUUUAACUUUUGUUCUGGUAUGCCGUGCCCACAGUUUGGAACACCAGUUUCUAAUAAUCCUGCACCGCAGAUGGGAAGCUUCAACUUUGGGGCUGCUGCUACUGACAAACCAGCUUUUGGGACGUCAACUCCAUCCUUUGGCCAGAGCGCUCCUGCAGGUCCAAUUCCCUUUGGAAGUCCUGGAACUCCAGUCCAAGGCUUCAACGCUGUUCCAUUUGGGUCUCCAGCUACUCCCUCGUUCUCCAUCGGGGCCGGAUCAAAGCCAUCCGGAGCUCGGCAGAGGCUGCAGGCUCGGAGGCAGCACAACAGGAAGAAGUAACCUGCUGCACGAGUCCAACACCGCUUUCAGAGGACUUCAGCUGUUGCUGCUACGGCUAAUCUGGCUAACAUUGCUCUGUUCUAAGCCCAACAUCCCCCAAUCAGGCCGCCACCUCUGCUUCCUCCCCCCUCCCCCCCUCCAGUGGGUGGUGCUGGCCCAAAGCAUUGUGUCUGCAGAGGAGUUAGAAAGAGCACACCAGCUUGCUGAGUUCAUGCUGCCUGGAUGACUACAUGACCCAGCGAGGGAAUGUAGCAGCGAGGAGAGAGGAUCCAUAACGAUGUACUAUACUUGAAGAGAAAAGACAAUUGAAUUCAGAACAAAAGCAUAUCCAAAGUUCUUUUUCCUUUUACAGUACACGAACACUCCCAUUGGUUCGUCUUAAGGAGAAAGUUGAGUCAGGCAAGGACAUGGAGCCUCGGCUCACAUUUAUUUUUUUACGUGAAGCGCUCACUGGUUUGUAUGUUACCGAAUAUUUGAGUACAUUCUCUGAAUAGGGUGAAACGCACAGUUGAUUCAGACAAGGUACACGACACUGCAGUGUAAAUGUAAAGUUAUGAGACGUUUGCAUUUAAAUUAUUUUUUUAAUUGGCUCUCUGACCCUGUAAAUGAAUGAUGUGUUUCUGCACUUAAAGGGCAACUUAGUAAAUGUCUUAAUGUAGUUUGUGCAGACCCUCGUGUUCUUGUUUCAUACUCUUUGUCAUUGCAAGCAUUCCCAGAGUCCUCCUGUGGAUGGCCUUUUUGUUUUUUUGACAGUGAUUGCCAACACUGGUGUAAUUAACAGGUCAGUAUGUGAUUGGGACGACUACUCUUGACUUGUGCUGACAAACCAAAGCCAACUCAUCAACUUCAUGCCUGUGAAAAGAAUCUGUGAUCUCUAUCUUUAAAUCCUGAGAUGUGUGUGUUUGUGCCAGACUACCUCUCUUUACUCCCAGGCACUGAAUCCUUGUUAAUUCACUGAAAAAUAACAAAUCUGACAGACGAGUCCACUCAAUUACACCUUCAACUACUGUUAACACAGAUGUACCGUAAUGAAUAGUGCGUUUUUUUGUUUCUUUUUAAGUAUCUGCACAGCAACACAUUAUCCCCACUGCUGAAAUAGCACCGUUACAGUAGAUUACUUCACAUUAACAUCAGAUUUACUAAAAAUACAGUCUGUUGAAUUGGGACCCGUAUCUGCUUGGUAAAUACAGAAAUUCUCAUUGUGAUGCAGGGAUUUUUGUUUUUUUGGGGUUUUUUUUUUUGGAGGCUUUUUUUGUCAAGCAAACAUGAUCAGUUGAUGUCAGCUGUUUUAUCAAGAUGACGUCUGUUCUCAGUAAUAAUCACCUCUUGUGAAAAGUGAGCAGUAUCUGAUGCAGUUUUUGAUGGUCAAUUUUGAAUUAAUAAAACCGUUUUGGAUGUGGAUGUUCCAACAAGAACACAGUGAAACCUU